AUGGGUACCUUGAGAGCUGUGCCCUUCCUGUCAAUAUCUGGCCUCUUCUCUUUGCCCCCUUCCUUUCCCAGCCGGGUCUCCCAUGGGAUUGCUGGGACCUUGCUGGGUGAGAUGGCACUGUGUGCAAAAAAGCGCCCCCCAGAAGAAGAAAGGAGGGCGCGGGCCAACGACCGAGAAUACAAUGAGAGAUUCCAGUAUGCGAGUAACUGCAUCAAGACCUCCAAGUACAAUAUUCUCACCUUCCUGCCUGUCAACCUCUUUGAGCAGUUCCAGGAAGUUGCCAAUACCUACUUCCUGUUCCUUCUCAUUCUGCAGUUGAUCCCACAGAUCUCCUCCCUCUCCUGGUUCACCACCAUUGUGCCUUUGGUUCUUGUCCUCACAAUCACAGCUGUUAAAGACGCCACUGAUGACUAUUUCCGCCACAAGAGUGAUAACCAGGUGAAUAACCGUCAGUCUCAGGUGCUGAUCAAUGGAAUCCUCCAGCAAGAGCAGUGGAUGAAUGUCUGUGUUGGUGAUAUUAUCAAGCUAGAAAAUAACCAGUUUGUGGCGGCGGAUCUCCUCCUCCUUUCCAGCAGUGAGCCCCAUGGGCUGUGUUACAUAGAGACAGCAGAACUCGAUGGAGAGACCAACAUGAAAGUACGGCAGGCGAUUCCAGUCACCUCGGAAUUGGGAGACAUCAGUAAGCUUGCCAAGUUUGAUGGUGAAGUGAUCUGCGAACCUCCCAACAAUAAGCUGGACAAAUUCAGCGGAACCCUCUACUGGAAGGAGAACAAGUUCCCCCUGAGCAACCAGAACAUGCUGCUGCGGGGCUGCGUGCUGCGAAACACCGAGUGGUGCUUCGGGCUGGUCAUCUUUGCAGGUCCUGACACUAAGUUAAUGCAGAACAGCGGCAGGACAAAAUUCAAGAGAACAAGUAUUGAUCGCCUAAUGAAUACACUGGUGCUCUGGAUUUUUGGAUUUCUGGUCUGCAUGGGGGUGAUCCUAGCCAUUGGCAAUGCCAUCUGGGAGCACGAGGUUGGGACACGCUUCCAGGUCUACCUGCCCUGGGAUGAGGCGGUGGACAGUGCCUUCUUCUCUGGCUUCCUCUCCUUCUGGUCCUACAUCAUCAUCCUCAACACCGUUGUGCCCAUAUCGCUCUAUGUCAGCGUGGAAGUCAUCCGCCUGGGCCACAGCUACUUCAUCAACUGGGACAAGAAGAUGUUCUGCGUGAAGAGGCGGACGCCCGCGGAGGCCCGCACCACCACCCUGAACGAGGAGCUGGGCCAGGUGGAGUACAUCUUCUCCGACAAGACGGGCACCCUCACCCAGAACAUCAUGGUCUUCAACAAGUGCUCCAUCAACGGCCGCAGCUACGGUGAUGUGUUCGAUGUCCUGGGCCACAAAGCUGAAUUGGGAGAGAGGCCUGAACCCGUCAACUUCUCCUUCAAUCCUCUGGCUGACAAGAAGUUCUUAUUUUGGGACCCUACCCUCUUGGAGGCUGUCAAGAUGGGGGACCCACACACGCACGAGUUCUUCCGCCUCCUUUCCCUGUGUCACACCGUCAUGUCAGAAGAAAAGAACGAAGGGGAGCUGUACUACAAAGCCCAGUCGCCAGACGAGGGGGCUCUGGUCACCGCAGCCAGGAACUUUGGUUUCGUAUUCCGCUCUCGUACACCCAAGACCGUCACUGUCCACGAGAUGGGCACAGCCAUCACUUACCAGCUGCUGGCCAUCCUGGACUUCAACAACAUCCGCAAACGGAUGUCAGUCAUAGUGCGGAAUCCAGAGGGGAAGAUCCGACUGUACUGCAAAGGGGCUGACACCAUCUUGCUGGACAGACUCCACCACUCCACCCAAGAGCUCCUCAACACCACCACUGACCACCUGAAUGAGUACGCGGGCGAAGGGCUGAGAACCCUGGUCCUGGCCUACAAGGAUCUGGAUGAAGAGUACUAUGAGGAAUGGGCCGAGAGACGGCUCCAGGCCAGCCUGGCCCAGGACAGCCGAGAGGACCGGCUGGCCAGCGUCUACGAGGAGGUUGAGAGCGACAUGAUGCUGCUGGGCGCCACGGCCAUUGAGGAUAAGCUUCAGCAAGGGGUUCCAGAGACCAUCGCCCUCCUGACGCUGGCCAACAUCAAGAUCUGGGUGCUGACAGGGGACAAGCAAGAGACGGCUGUGAACAUUGGUUAUUCCUGCAAGAUGCUGACGGACGACAUGACGGAGGUGUUCAUCGUCACUGGCCACACGGUCUUGGAAGUGCGGGAGGAGCUCAGGAAAGCCCGGGAGAAGAUGAUGGACUCGUCCCGCACUGUAAGCAAUGGCUUCACCUACCAGGAGAAGCUUUCUUCUUCCAAGCUCCCUUCUGUCCUGGAAGCCGUGGCUGGGGAGUACGCCCUGGUUAUCAAUGGGCACAGCCUGGCCCAUGCGUUAGAGGCAGACAUGGAGCUGGAGUUUCUGGAGACAGCCUGUGCCUGCAAAGCUGUCAUCUGCUGCCGGGUGACCCCCUUGCAGAAGGCACAAGUGGUGGAACUGGUUAAGAAGUACAAGAAGGCUGUGACCCUUGCCAUCGGGGAUGGAGCCAACGACGUCAGCAUGAUCAAAACGGCUCACAUUGGUGUGGGCAUCAGUGGGCAGGAAGGGAUCCAGGCUGUCCUGGCCUCCGAUUACUCCUUCUCCCAGUUCAAGUUCCUGCAACGCCUCCUGCUGGUGCACGGGCGCUGGUCCUACCUGCGCAUGUGCAAGUUCCUCUGCUAUUUCUUUUACAAGAACUUCGCUUUCACCAUGGUCCACUUCUGGUUUGGCUUCUUCUGCGGCUUCUCGGCCCAGACCGUCUAUGACCAGUAUUUCAUCACCCUUUAUAACAUCGUGUACACCUCCCUCCCAGUCCUGGCUAUGGGGGUCUUCGAUCAGGAUGUCCCGGAGCAGCGGAGCAUGGAGUACCCUAAGCUGUAUGAGCCAGGCCAGCUGAACCUCCUCUUCAACAAGCGGGAAUUUUUCAUCUGCAUCGCCCAGGGCAUCUACACGUCUGUGCUCAUGUUCUUCAUCCCCUAUGGGGUGUUUGCUGAGGCCACCCGCGAUGAUGGCACCCAGCUGGCUGACUACCAGUCCUUUGCGGUCACCGUGGCCACUUCACUGGUCAUCGUGGUCAGUGUGCAGAUUGGGCUGGAUACCGGCUACUGGACGGCCAUCAACCACUUCUUCAUCUGGGGCAGCCUGGCGGUUUACUUUGCCAUCCUCUUUGCCAUGCACAGCAAUGGGCUCUUUGACAUGUUUCCAAACCAAUUCCGGUUUGUGGGUAAUGCCCAGAACACCCUGGCCCAGCCCACCGUGUGGCUGACCAUCGUGCUCACCACAGUCGUCUGCAUCAUGCCUGUGGUCGCCUUUCGGUUCCUCAGGCUGAACCUGAAGCCGGAUCUCUCAGACACGGUCCGCUACACCCAGCUGGUGAGGAAGAAGCAGAAGGCCCAGCACCGCUGCAUGAGGCGGGUGGGUCGCACGGGUUCCCGGCGCUCCGGCUACGCCUUCUCCCACCAGGAGGGCUUCGGGGAGCUCAUCAUGUCUGGCAAAAACAUGCGGCUCAGCUCCCUGGCACUCUCUGGCUUCACCACCCGCUCCAGCUCCAGCUGGAUUGAGAGCCUGCGCAGGAAGAAGAGUGACAGCACCAGCAGCCCCAGCGGAGGGGCCGACAAGCCCCUCAAGGGGUGACGGCUGGGACGGGGACGCCCCUUGCCGGUGAUCAGCGCACUCAGGGCUGGCCGGCCACCGAGAGGACAACAUCUCAGAACUGCGGGUCCUCAUUCCUUGCCCAGGUCCUCAUCCCAUCUCCCCUGGUAGACUCUGUCCUGCUGGUCCCACUAGGAGUGGCUGGGGCAUCCCCAGCCCAGGGCCCUCCUAGCAGCUGGGAGGGUGGAGGGGGCCGGCCCCAAGGGCAGAGUGGGGGCUGACCAGCCCCAGUGGGGGAUCAGAUGUGGAACCAAAAACAGAAGAAAAAACUGUGAGAGAUUGUGUCUGCCCCUGCCCUGCCUGGGAGCCCACAGGGAGACUGUAAUCUCUGUAUUUUUUUACUCCCACUCCCCAGAGGGGCCCCAGAGCCCCUGUUCCUGAAUUACACAAGAAUGUAUCAUGCCGGGAAGCCAGAGACCUGCUGGGGCCCUCGGCCCCUCACAGUGUGUGUGUCUCUCCUUGAUGUGUGUUUGUGUCCAGUUUGGUUUUGUCUUUUUUAUUUGGCAAGUGGAGGAGGCCUUUAUAUGACUUUUA